GUCUGUCCCACCUUAAAUUCUCUUCAUCUCCGAAGCCAAAAUCCAAGGAACAGAUCAAACGAAACAGAACUCAAAAACCCCGAAGUGAUCAAAGUCGAAGUAACCAAACAAACAGAUUCAUCCAUGUCUUCUUGUCCUUCAAAACCCUCUCAAAACCGUUCCUGUCUUUACCCCCAAGUUGAUCUUUCAAACCCUGACGCCACUUCUUUCUACAAUUCUUCUUCUCCUUCUUCUUCCUUGUACCCUUCCAUUGACAUGAAAGAUUUAGCAGAAAACCUCUUCCCAGAAGACGACACCGUUUUAGUGACCCACCUAGAUUCUCAAGAACAACUCCUCCUUAAGGUCCCUGGUGCUAUAGUUCACCUUAUUGAACGAGAGACGAGCGUACAGCUUGCUUGUGGUGAGCUCUGUAUUGUUAGUCUCCUUCAAGGUGAUAACAUUGUUGCUGUUUUUGUUCGUAUUGGUGAUGAUAUUCAAUGGCCUUUGGCUAAAGAUGAGCCAGUGGUAAAGCUUGAUACUUCCCACUAUUUCUUUACUCUUCGAGUACCGUCAAAUGGGUCGUUUGGGGAUGGUAGAGAUUGUAAACAAACCGAGGAGGUAUUGAACUAUGGCUUGGCAAUAGCUGCAAAGGGACAAGAGGGUUUGUUGAAGGAACUGGAUAGAGUAUUGGAAACUUACAGUUGUUUUUUGGUGCAAGAAGUGAAAGGGAUAGAGAACUGGAAUGUUGUGGAUACGAGAAAUGUGGCGCCAGAGGAGUUGGAGAGAGAGGAAAAGAGGGAGUUAAUAGUUGGCAGUUCAAUGGCCUACUGGACGACUCUGGCGCCUAAUGUUGAAGACUAUAGUGGGUCCAUAGCAAGGGCAAUUGCGUCGGGGUCAGGGUUCGUUGUAAAGGGGAUUUUGUGGUGCGGCGAUGUUACUGUGGAUAGGUUGAAGUGGGGCAAUGAGUUCUUGAAAAAGAGGAUGAAGCCAGGUUCAACCUCGGAGAUUAGCCCUGGGGCCUUGAGAAGGAUGAAAAGGGUUAAGAAGUUAACAAAGAUGUCAGAGAAAGUGGCCACUGGAAUUCUUGCCGGGGUAGUUAAAGUGUCUGGAUUCUUCACAAGUUCAAUCAUCAACUCCAAAGUUGGCAAGAAAUUUUUCAAGCUGCUGCCUGGAGAAAUCGUUCUUGCUUCCUUGGAUGGAUUUAAUAAGGUUUGUGAUGCUGUUGAAGUAGCUGGAAGGAAUGUCAUGUCUACCACAUCUGUUGUGACAACUGGACUUGUUUCACAAAGGUAUGGAGAAAGGGCAGGACAGGUGACAAAUGAAGGGCUAGAUGCAGCAGGACUUGCAAUUGGAACUGCUUGGGCCGUCUUCAAGAUAAGAAAGGCUCUUAAUCCCAAGAGUGUUUUCAAACCCACAACUCUUGCUAAAGCUACUGCAGAAGCAAAUGCAGCUGAAUUGAAGGCCAAAAAUACGAAGUAAUACCGAGUUUAGAGUUGCAGUUUUUCAAAGGUUGAGCUGUUUCUUAGAAUUCAAGAAGGCAGUUGUGUUUAUAUGUUUGUUUCAUUAUUCAUUGUAAUGAAUGUUGUACAGUUACUGAAAGAGUUCUCGGAAUCUGGCAAUUUGCCUAGCCUAGCCAAUAGCAGCAGAGGUGAUGAAGAAGCUGCUUUGGUUCUUGACGAGUGAUAACUGUAGAGAAGUAGAUACAUCUUAUUCCGGGCGGAAAUUGUAUUUGAUACAUUUUUAACACCUCACAUAAUUAUUAA